GAGAGAGCGGACGCCUUCUGGACUCCAGAGGACGAGGCUCAGCAGUUACUCGACCUUUCAGAAAAAUGGAUAGGACAAAUGACUGCGGUUAUAGGAUGCUCCCAUUCCAGGGCCCUCUGCUUCCCCCUGGGAGCCUGGGGCUUCACUUUCCUCCAGAUAUACAGACUGAGAUCACAGAAGAGGACAGUGUCUUGCUGAUGCAUACCCUCUUGGCGGCAACCAAGGACCCUCUGGCCAUGGACCCUCCAGUUGCCAACCAGCCUAAGAAAAGCAAGACCAAGAAGGCCCCUAUUAAGGCUAUUACUAAGGCCAUACCUGCUGCCCGUACAGUCUCAUCUGCCAAUGUGAUUGCCACUGACAAGCCUAAAGUAACUUUGCAGGCUUUAAACCGGCCUAUCAUCCCCCAGAUCAACCAGGCUUCAGCUACCACUGAAGCAGCCAAUACUCAGGCUUCUUCAGUCACUGCUCAGCCUAAGAAAGCCAAUAAGACAAAGAGAGUUACUGCUAAGGCAACCCAAGGCUCCCAGUAUCCAACUGGCAAAGAGAGUGUCACUACACAGAUCAAGUCGUCCUUGCAGGCCCUAAACCUACCAGACAUCCUGCAGGCUAUCCAGGCUCCAGUUACCAGUGGGUCAGCUAACUCCCAGGCCUUGAUAGCCCCCACUAAGUCUAAGAAAGUUUCUAAAGCUAAGAAGGCUGCCAAUAAGGCCAUAACUAGUGCUAUUGCUAUCUCCUUGGCUCCAACCACUACCCACACAGCUACCACCCAAGGCCAAAUUAAUAAUGAGGCAGCCACUACCCAUGCCACAGCAGCCUGCAUCAGAACUAAUAGAGCCUCUGAAGCCAAGAAGGCAACUGUUAAGGUCAUAAACACUGAACUCCUAGAGACCCCAAAUGCUGAGAGAGCUAGCAGGCAGACUGAGGUCUCAGCAGUAGCUAACUGGCCCAAAAAAUUCAAAGGCAAGAAGGCUGCCAAAAAAGGCCCAAAAUCUGCCUAUGAGGUCUCUGAGGUUCCACUUGCUGCUCAAAUGAUUACAAACCAAGCCCUAGAAGCUGCCCUUCAGGUCAAGAGAGGGUCCAGGGUUCAUAACUCUGCCACUAAGACCCAGGGAGCUGAAAACCAGACUAAAAUUGUAGACCAAGGGGCCCAGGCCAAGAUGGCCACCUUUAAGACCAACAUAAGUGCCCUUGAGACUCAGGUUGCUGCUGCUGUCCAGGCCCUGGCAGAUGACUACCUGGCCCAGUUGAGUCUGGAGCCUACAACCAGGACCCGGGGCAAGAGGAACCAAAAGUCAAAGCAUCUGAAUGGGGAUGAGAGAGGUGGCAGUAAUUACAGGUUGAUUCCAUGGGGCUGGAGGCCUCCGCCACCCCGAGACGUGGCCAUUUUGCAAGAAAGGGCAAAUAAGUUGGUGAAAUACCUGUUGGUUAAGGACCAGACAAAGAUCCCCAUCAAGCGCUCAGACAUGCUGAAGGAUGUCAUCCAAGAAUAUGAUGACUAUUUCCCAGAGAUCAUUGAACAAGCAAGCUACGAUCUGGAGAAGAUGUUUCGAGUCAAUCUGAAGGAAAUUCAUAAGCAAAGUAGCUUGUAUAUUCUCAUCAGCACUCAGGAAUCUUCCGCAGGCAUACUGGGAACGACCAAGGACACACCCAAACUAGGUCUUCUCAUGGAUUCUGUCAUUUUUAUGAAUGGCAACAAGGCCAGUGAGGCUGUCAUCUGGGAGGUGCUGCACAAGCUGGGGCUGCGCCCUGGGGUGAGGCACUCGCUCUUUGGGGAAGUAAGGAAGCUCAUCACAGACGAGUUUGUGAAGCAGAAGUAUCUGGAGUACAAGAGGGUCCCUAACAGCAGACCACCUGAAUAUGAGUUCUUCUGGGGCUUGCGCUCCUACCAUGAGACUAGCAAGAUGAAAGUCCUCAAGUUUGCAUGCAAGGUACAGAAGAAAGACCCCAAGGACUGGGCUGCUCAGUACCGGGAGGCAGUGGAGAUGGAAGUCCAAGCUGCAGCUGUGGCUGCAGCUGAGGCUGAGGCAAGGGCUGAGGCAAGAGCCCAAAUGGGGAUUGGAGAGGAAGCUGUGGCUGGGCCCUGGAAUUGGGAUGACAUGGAUAUCGACUGCCUAACAAGGGAAGAGUUAGGCGAUGAUGCUCAGUCCUGGAACAGAUUUUCAUUUGAAAUUGAGACCAGAGCCCAAGAAAAUGCAGAAGCCAGCACCAACAUCGACUUCAGCAGAGGAGCUAGCACCAGGGCUACCUUCAGCGAUAGUGCUAGUAUUAGCUUCAGUGGUGCGCCCAGCCCCAGUGGUGGCUUUGGUGGCAGAGCUGGCAUUAGCUUUGGUGGCACAUCCAGGACCAGUGCCAGCUUCAGCAGUACAGCCAGCAUUUGCUUUAGUGGCAUACCCAGCACUAGCACUAGUUUCAGUGGUGCAGCCAGCAUUAGCUUCAGUGGUGCAGCCAGCACCAGCUCUAGUUUCAACAGUGAAGCCUGCAUUAGCUUUGGUGGCACAUCUUGUAACAGUGCCAGCUUUGGUGGUGGGGUCAGCUCCAGUUUCAGUGUCCCACUCAGCAGCAGUCCCAGUUUCAGUGGUGGAGCCAGCUCUGGCUUUGGAGGCACACUCAGCACCACUGCUGGCUUCAGUGGUGCACUCAUUACCAGUAGCAGCUUUGGCAGUAUACCCAGAACCAGCACAGUUUUUAGUGGUGCACUUAGCACCAGCACUGGAUUUGGUGGCACACUGAGCACUAGUGUCUGCUUUGGUGGCUCUCCCAACUCUGGUGCCAGCUUUGGUGGCACACUUACUACCAGUAUCUGCUUUGGCAGCUCUCCUAGCACCACCACUGGUUUUGAUGGAGUACUCAGCACCAGUGUCUCCUUUGGUGGCUCUUCUAGCACCAGCGCUGACUUUGGUGGUACACUAAGCACCAGCAUCUGCUUUGGUGGCUCUCCCAGCACUGGUGCCAGCUUUGGUGGUGCAUUCAGCACCAGUGUUGGCUUUGGUGGUGCACUCAACACCAGUGCUGGUUUUAACAGUGCUGCCAGCACUAGUGCCAGCUUCAGCAGUGCACCCAGCACCAUCUCUGGCUUUGGCGGUGUGUUCAGCACCAGUGCUGACUUUAGUGGGGCACUUAGCACCACUACUGACUUUGGCAUUGCUCCUAGUACCAGCAUUGGCUUUGGUGGAUUUCCCAGCACUAGCCUCUGCUUUGGCAGUGUGUCUAACACCAACCUAUGCUGUGGUGGCCAUCCUAGCACUAGCACCUGCUUUAGUGGUGCUACCAGUGCUAGUUUUGGUGAUGGAUCCAGUGUGACUACUGGUUUCAUCUUUGGCAAUGGGUUAAGCACCAGUGCUGGAUUUAGUGGUGGACUGAGCACCAGUGCUGGCUUCGGUAGUGGACCAGGGACCAGUGCUAUCUUCGGUAGUGGACUGAGCACCAGUGCUGGCUUUGGUGGUGGACUGAUCUCGAGCAAUGGCUUUGGUGAUGGACUGGGCACCAAUGCUGGUUUUAACAGCACACUUGAUACAAGUGCUGGCUUUAGUGGUGGCCUCAGCAUCAGUGAUGGCUUUGGUGCUGGGCCUAAUAACGGCUUCAACGGAGGACCAAGUACCAUCAUUGGCUUUGGCAGUGGUUCCAACACCAGCACUGGCUAUAUUGGCGAACCCUGCACCAGCACCAGCUUCAAUGGUGGACCCAGUUCUAUCAUUGGCUUCGGCAGUGGACCAAGCACAGGUGCUGGCUUCAGCAGUGGACCAAGCAGUGGUGCUGGCUUUGGCGGUGGACCAAGAAAUGGUGCUGGCUUUGGUGGUGGAGCCACCAGCCUUGGUGCCUGUAGCUUCUCCUAUGGCUAGUGAGGUUUCAGGUAAUUACAACAUUGCCACAGCCAUGGCCCAUGGGAAUGGAUAUAAGAGCUGAGAAAUGUUAUAAGAAACCCCAAAGUGGGAGGUUUGGGUGGGAAGAUGAGGACAAUGAAGGAAGUAUGAGAAAACAGUAUAUUUGGUGCUAAAAUGUGUUCGUGUUUGGUGUUUUGUUUUCAGGUGUAUUUCCCAGGUUUACAGAUACGGCUAAUGAAUUGCAGCAGUUCUUCCCAAGGAGCCAAGGUACAUCCUUGGAAUUUUUGUCCACACAGCAGUAUAAGCAGAUAUUAUCAAUUAGCUGAGGGUGACACGCUAUGAAAAAUCUGCUUGCUGAUCCUACUUUGUUGUUUGCUUCUUGUGUGCUGUCAUAUUUUGGUAUCAGAGUUACAUUAAAUUUGCAAGAUGAAUUGGAGGUUUUUGUCUAUCUUUUAUUGUGCUUAGGUUGUUGUGAGUGACAUUACAGGUUCAUAGAAGAACUAGAGAUCAGUGUAGCUCUUCAAAGAAGGUGGGCUGCAGCUUUAGGCUAAAAUGAAAGUAUGAUUUCAGUGGGAUAGAGACCUGGAGAGAGCAUGGCAGGCAAGGGGAUUAUAGAUAGAGCAAAGAUAUAGGGGGGAAAAGCCUAGAAUAGAAGGCAGAGGGAGAGGGUUCUGGACAGUAAAUAUAGAUUCAUUUUGAGACAUUUGUAUAAGAAUGGAGAGAUAAAGUGGGACUAGAUGUUGACACAGGAACAAGGGAGGGUUUUCUUGAGAUAAGAGAGAGAGAGAUCUGAGCAUGUUGCAGAGAGUGUGGGGGUAAAAGCCAAUAAAGGACAGGAGAUAGAUAUAGAAUAGUCAAGAAUUGACUGAAGUAGCCCAUGCCUGAGAAGGUGGGAUGG